CCGGGGCGGAACUUUGUGGGGAGAAAAAGUAAACAAAGAAAAGGAUUAAGUGGGGCAGGGUGCGGGGUAUUUGCGUGUUUAUGUUUACACGUCCCGAUUGGGAUGGUACAUCGGGUUAGGGCUUAAGAGGGGGAAACGCCCGAUAGAGCCAACCCCACAUAUUAUCUUGACGCAACCACCGUCUGACCUCAGCUCUCCAUAACGACCCUUCAUCGUCAGUACAGCAGUCACUUGAGAUUUGGUCUUCUUACAACUACUCAGUAUUGAAGAAGAUGUCUGCAGUUACACCAUUCCCCGAAGGAGAGUUCUUGCCAGCUGGAGGCGGUUUUAUCGAGCAGAAGCCGCUGCCAGCAGAUGCGCCCGAGACAAAGUACCGGCUGAACCACUUUAUGAUGCGGAUUCGGGACCCCAAGAUCUCGCUGCCGUUCUACACCGAGGCGAUGGGAAUGCGGAUCCUGUUCACGAUGAACACCGGUCCGUUCACGAUCUACUACCUGGGUUAUCCGCAGACGGACGAGCAUCGCGCGGAUCUGACCAAGUUUGCGCUCGAUACGCUGCCGGUGAUGCAGCACACGCUCGGGUUGCUCGAGCUCUAUCAUGUGCACGGAAGCGAGAAGCAGGAGCCGGGGUACAUCAACACCGGGAAUGAUCCGCUGCGUGGAGGGGUUGGAUUUAGUCAUUUGGGAUUCACGGUUCCAGACGUGCCGGCUGCGGUCGAGCGACUGACAAAGAUGGGCGCGACGGUGUUCAAGCCUCUUGGUGUCUCGAACCGGGACACGAUCCCGUUGAGCGAGUGGGAGGCCGAGAGGGGGGUUGGAGAGGGCGUGAUUAACGAGAAUUAUCACAAGAUUUUCAAGCAGAUUGCGUUCUUGCAGGAUCCAGAUGGAUACAUUGUCGAGCUGGUUCCUCAGGAUUUGUAGAGAUGAUUACACAAUAGGUAGAGAAUGAAU